UGCCACAGGGGCAAAGCCUGGCGACCUUUUGCGGUGGGAAGACUUGUCACGGGACGUUGUCAACAAGAAUUUCACAUCUCCCGCUGGAAUGUCUAUAUCCAAGUUUCUUCACAUGACUGAGGACAUCGGCCGAAAGCCAAUCCCUGCUAGUGCCUUUGUUCUGCUCCCUUACAACAAGCCUGACCCUAACAAGCCGUUCAAUACUGCGGUUUGGACUCACGGAACAGCUGGACGAAUCCGUAACUGUGUACCUUCGAAUCAUAAGGACUUAUACUAUGAAUGGCAGGGACCAUACGCUCUGUCAACAGCUGGGUAUGCAGUCAUAGCUCCUGACCACGCUGGUCAGGGACCGGACAUACCGCAGGGCUUCAUGUACGAAGCAGGCUAUCUGCACGCCGCAGAUGUCGCCUAUGGUCUUAUUGCUGCUCGCAAGGCCAUCGGACACAGCGAGGGUGGAAUGACAGCAUGGCGGACCAACGAACAGUUGGCCAUGCCAAGCCAGGACGAGCUUCUCAAGGCCGGCAAGUUUCUUGGUACAGUGGCCAGUUCACCAGCACUGCGUCCAUUGGAUCUCAUUCCAGAGUCAGUCCGUCGUGCUGCAGGUGGACCAAUCGGCGACGCUGUUUCCGUCUUCUUCCUGCAAUCGCUUGCACUUGUGUUCUCAGACCAGAUCCGAGUGGAAGUCUAUUUUACUGAUACAGUCCUCGGGCGCAUUCCUCUUAUGGACCAGGGAUGUCUGCUCGUCGGCCGAGCCUUGUUUUCGAACCUUACGGAGGACGAAUUGUUCAAGGACCUGAGCUGGCUCGAGCAUCCUGCCGCGGUUGACUGGCAGAAGCGCUACAAUGGCGCCGUCCACACGCUCUGGCCGCACCUAUGUUGGUUGUACAAGGUAUUAGCGAUCCACUCACAUACGCCCACAACAGAGUGGGACUUCAACCAAACGUGCAAUGCGUAUUCCAAGUCUAAGGCCACACGGAUGUUGUACCCGGAUGCCAACCACAACGUGGCAGCUCAGGUAACGCAAUUCAAUUUCCUGAGAUGGAUCAAGGAUAGGUUCGACAGGGCUGAGGUGCCGGAGGGCUGUGCGAUCAAGACGGCUGAGCCUGCGACAACUCGCUUCAGGAACGUCGGUGCCUUCUAUUCCGGAACCGGUGGCGGUUAA